AUGAGUCGUACGACUGAGGGAACCCCCUCCACUUUGCCAGAUACUGGGCGUGGCCCUGAUAAAGACAUCGCGUCAAAAGAGGCUCGACGCGAAGCUGUUGAUGACCCAGCUCAUCAGUCAUCGUUGGCGUGGAUCGGUGACCCAUCGAUCAAUGAUCUUUUGGUGCGUCUUCAGCUUCCAUAUGCACCUCCGGUGCAGUACUUCCCGCCUCUUUCGGCCGGGGCUAUGGGCACAGCACCUCAAAGUCCACCGAGGCUGGGUUGA